AUGUCCCAGCCUAUCACUGUUUGGCUAACCCCCCCGGGCCCGAACCCAUGGAAGGUCAUUUGCGUGCUUGAGGAGCUUCAAGUUCCUUAUAAUAUUCACUCGUUCAAGUUUGAUGAUGUGAAGAACCCUCCUUUUAUUGAUGUCAACCCUAAUGGUAGGGUCCCUGCAAUUGUCGAUCCGAAUACCAAUUUGACUCUUUGGGAAUCUGGAGCUAUCAUUCAAUACCUAGUUGAUGUCUAUGACACAGAGAAGAAGUUGACAUACGACACCUUGAAUGAGAAGCAUUUGCUCAAUCAAUACUUGCAUUUUCAGAUGAGUGGACAAGGUCCUUAUUUUGGCCAGGCUGGAUGGUUCACACAGUUCCACCAAGAGAAGCUGCCGUCAGCAAUGGCUCGUUACCAUGCGGAAGUCCAUCGUAUUCUGGGUGUCUUGGAUGGGCUUCUGGAGGGUAAGGAAUGGCUUGUUGGUAGCAAAUGUACAUUCGCCGACCUUGCCUUUUUGUCUUGGAACACCCGCGUCGAUAUGGCUCUCGCGACACCCGCGGGCGAGGAUCCAUUGGAACCAUAUCCCAAUGUACGUGCCUGGCAUCGACGUAUGGAAUCCCGUCCAAGCUGGAAACGGUCUAUGGAGAUACGUGAUCGCUUGAUGGGCGAACAGGGCUUACAGCCAAACGGCAUGCCCAAGGGUCUUACCAACGUCGCUGAGUAUGAAGCAUUUAUGGCCAAGUCUCCCGAGGAGCAGCAGAAAUAUCUGGACUCGCAGAAGUAG